AUGACCCAGAUUCAACAAACAGCCCUGUGCGGUAUUCAAUUGAUCGUAAUACAGAUUUGGGAGAGAUAUUUCAACAUUGAUGCCAACAAUGGAGUUAUUACAAUUGCAAAACCUUUAGACAGAGAGACCAAUGCUGUUCAUAACAUCACUGUACUAGCAAUGGAGAGCAAAAACCCAGCACAGAUUGGAAAAGGCUAUGUUUCUGUUAGCAUACUAGAUAUUAAUGACAAUGCUCCUGAGUUUGCCAUGGAAUAUGAGGCAAAUGUUUGUGAAAAUGCUUCUCCAGGACAAGUAAUACAGGAGAUAAGUGCAGUAGAUAGAGAUGAACCAUCAAACGGCCAUUGGUUUUACUUCACUUUACCUCCUGAUGCAAAUAAUAUUAAUUUUACAUUACAAGACAAUAAAGAUAAUACAGCUUCAGUUAUAACAAAGAGAAAUGGAUUCCGGAGGCAAGAACAGUCUGUAUUUUAUUUACCAGUUGUCAUAGUGGACAGUGGAUCUCCAUCACUCAGCAGCACCAAUACACUUACUAUACGAGUCUGUGACUGUGAUGUGGAUGGGAUAGCACAAACCUGUAAUUCUGAAGCUUACAUUUUACCUGCUGGAUUGAGUACUGGAGCUCUGAUUGCAAUACUUGCUUGUGUUUUGACACUCCUAGUGCUUGUUCUUCUUAUUGUCACCAUGAGAAGACGUAAAAAGGAACCACUGAUAUUUGAUGAAGAAAGAGAUGUAAGAGAGAACAUUGUUAGAUAUGAUGAUGAAGGAGGUGGUGAAGAAGAUACUGAGGCAUUCGACAUGACUACUUUGAGGAACCUUAAUAUCAUCCGAGACAACAAAAGCAGGAGGGAUGUGACUCCAGAGAUUCAAUUCUUAAGCCGUCCAUCUACCAGGAGUGUUCCAGACAAUUUAAUCUUUAGGGAAUUUAUCUGGGAAAGGCUUAAGGAAGCUGAUGUGGACCCUUGUGCUCCUCCAUAUGACUCCCUACAGACAUAUGCAUUUGAAGGCAAUGGCUCAGUUGCGGAAUCUCUGAGCUCAUUGGAGUCAGUGAGUUCCAACUCUGAACAUAAUUAUGACUACCUUAGUGAAUGGGGUCCUCGCUUUAAAAGACUUGCUGACAUGUACGGCACUGUUGAAGACAGCCUUUAUUCUUAG